AUGAAUACGUUUUCACAUGUUCCUCCUGGUUUUCGGUUCCAUCCCACCGACGAAGAACUCGUCGACUACUACCUUAGGAAAAAAGUCACUUCAAGAAGGAUUGACCUAGAUGUCAUUAAAGAUGUUGAUCUCUACAAAAUUGAGCCAUGGGACCUUCAAGAAAUAUGUAGAAUAGGAACAGAAGAGCAAAAUGAAUGGUACUUUUUCAGCCACAAAGACAAGAAGUAUCCGACUGGAACUCGCACCAACCGGGCCACAGCAGCAGGGUUUUGGAAAGCCACAGGAAGAGACAAGGCUAUAUACUCCAAGCAUGACUUGAUUGGCAUGAGGAAGACCUUAGUCUUCUACAAGGGUCGAGCUCCGAACGGCCAAAAGUCCGAUUGGAUUAUGCACGAGUAUCGGCUUGAAACAGAUGAAAAUGGAACUCCUCAGGCAAAAGGCUGGGCUGUGUGCAGAGUAUUCAAGAAGAGAAUAACAACCAUGCGAAAGGUGAGCGAGCAGGAGUCCCCAAAUUGGUACGAUGACCAAGUCUCAUUCAUGCCAGACUUGGAUUCGCCAAAGCAAAGCACUCAAUCUAAUAUGGCUUAUGACAUCCCUUUCUCCUGCAAGAAAGAGCUAGACUUGGCAUACCAAAUCCCUCAUGAGCAUUACCCACAACUGCCCCUUUUGGAGAGCCCGAAAUUGCUCCAAACCGUGCCAACAAUGAGCUGCAGUUCUAUGGCCGCAUAUGCUAUUGGCAUAAACCAUGGAAGCACAUUGCAGUCAUCAUCCCUCACACAAGAAGUAGGACAUCAUUUUCAGCCAGCCCAUGAUCCAAACUUGCAAUCGAUCUACAGCACCGGCAAUAGCCACGAGCAAGCGGUGGAUCAAGUCACGGAUUGGCGAGUUCUAGACAAGUUUGUAGCUUAUCAACUCAGCCAAGAUGUUUCCAAGGAAAGCAACUACUCAAACACGGUUAAUGACGCCUUUCAAGCAUCCGAUCAUUCAAAUUCAAAUAUCCUCGCCCAAGAUUUGAACAAGCACGAUGAAAUGAUACCAGAAAAUGCCUCGACUACAUCGGCAUCAAGUUGCCAAAUUGAUCUGUGGAAGUGA